CAACAUGAGCUCAACCCCUCUCAAGAUCGACCCCGCUCGGGCCUCCGCGCUCGUUUCCCAGCUCCAAAGCGUGCAAGACCGCAUCCUCGCCGUCGCCAAAGGUCGCCCUGUCCGGCUCGUGGCCGUGUCCAAGCUCAAGCCCGCCAACGACAUUUUGGCGCUUCACCAGGCUCCCCAAGUCCAGCAUGCCCAUUUCGGCGAAAACUAUGCGCAGGAGCUGCAGCAGAAGGCGGAACUCUUGCCGCGGAGUAUCCAGUGGCACUUCAUUGGUGGCCUUCAGACCACCCACUGCAAGUCUCUAGCCCGUAUCCCCAACCUUUGGGCCGUCUCCUCCUUGGACACCCUCAAAAAGGCCCGGACCCUUAACCGCGUCCGCGGCGAAGUCAUCUCCUCAGACCCCUCCAUUCCCAAAUUGAACGUCCACGUGCAAGUCAACACCUCGGGCGAAGAGUCCAAAUCUGGGUGCUCUCCAGGUCAAGAAACCGUCGAUCUUUGCAAGGCCAUCGUCACGGAAUGUCCUCACUUAAACCUGCUGGGACUGAUGACGAUUGGUGCCAUUGCGAGGAGCAAGGCAACGACUCCCGAAAACGAGAAUGAGGAUUUCGUGGUGCUGAGGGAGCAGAGGGAUCUUGUGGAGAAGGAGUUGGGACUGGACAAGGGAAGUCUGGAGUUGAGUAUGGGUAUGAGUGAGGAUUUUGAGGGGGCGAUUGCCAUGGGGAGUGGGGAGGUGAGAGUGGGCAGCACCAUUUUUGGAGAGAGGGGGAAUAGGCAAGAUGCGAAGCUUGUUGUCUAG